UAUGAUGGUUUGCGUUUAUAACCUCACAAAAUGUGUUUUUUGUUAUUAUUUAAAUAAUUAUAAUUCAGAUAAUAAGUAUGUUAAAAUUACCUAAAAUGUUAACUAGUUUUAAUUUCUUAUCAUCAAAUUUAAUCCGAUCAUGCUCUUCUGAUACUAUAUUUGCACUCUCUUCAGGUCAAGGAAAGUGUGGAGUUGCUGUAAUUCGAAUAUCUGGAACAAAUUCAGGGAACGCUCUAAAACUAGUUACAAAUUUGUCAGAUCUCCCAAAACCUAGAACGGCUGUUUUAAGAAGCAUACUACAUCCAAAAACACAUGAAAUUUUGGACAAGGGACUUAUUUUGUGGUUUCCUGGUCCUAAGAGUUUUACAGGAGAAGAUAGUUUCGAAUUACAAGUUCAUGGAGGUUUGGCAGUAAUAAAUGCAGUUUUCGAUGCUUUAAGUUCCAUUCCAAAAUUGCGGCUUGCGGAGCCAGGAGAGUUUACCAAGAGAGCAUUUCAUAAUGCAAAACUAGAUCUUACAGAAGUUGAAGGCUUAGCAGACUUAUUACAAGCAGAAACUGAAAUUCAAAGAAAACAAGCAUUUCUACAAACUCAAGGUUCACUAAGUAAUCUCUACAAUAAGUGGAAAAAAGAACUUAUCAAGUGUGUCGCCAGUGUAGAAGCUCAUAUAGAUUUUGACGAGACUGAUACUUUAGAGCAAAAUCUCAUACAGGAGGUAAUGGAAAUUGUAAGAAAAUUGUGUAAUGAAAUUGAAAAUCAUUUAUCUAAUGGUCAUAAAGGGGAAAUUUUGCGUAAUGGUGUGAAGACGGUGAUUUUAGGCGAACCUAAUGCUGGAAAGAGUAGUCUGCUAAAUAUACUAUGCAAGCGGCCAGCUGCUAUUGUAACUCCUAUUGAAGGAACAACUAGAGACAUCCUAGAAGUUACCUUGAACAUAGGUGGCUACCCUUUAGUGUUAGCGGAUACUGCUGGAUUGAGAUCGCAAACACAAGACGUUGUGGAAAAAGAAGGAAUUAGCAGGGCUUUAAAACUUUAUAAAAAGUCUGAUCUUGUUCUCCUGGUUGUGGAUGCAGAAAAAUACAUAACGUGGAAAACUAAAAAUGUAGAUAAAACACUUAUUACUUAUGUAAAAGAGUACAUUAAAACAUUACACUUAGAUAGUUUACUUAAUGAUUGUAAUACUGAAAAUUUUGAACGCUUAUUUACAAAACAGUGUCUAGUAAUACUAAAUAAGACCGAUUUAAAAAAUGAUGAAAAUUUUAAUGUAAGGGAUGAAGUUGUAGUUCCAGUCUCCUGCAAAACCGAAGAUGGAAUUACUAAUUUAGUGCAAACUAUUUCAAAAAGACUGAAAGUAUUAUGUGGGGAACCUUCACAAGACCAUCCAAGUAUGAACCAACAGAGACACCGGCAGCAUCUGACUGACUGUUUAAAUAGCCUAAAUCUAUUUUUAAAAUACUCUCACUAUACUAAUCAACCCGACAUUUCACCAGAUCUAGUGCUUCUGGCAGAACAUCUAAGAAAAGCAUUAAGGCAUCUGGGAAAAUUAGUAGGUACUGUAACAACAGAUAAUUUACUGGAUAUUAUAUUUAAAGAUUUUUGUAUUGGAAAAUAAAAUGUCUUUUAGAAAUUAAUAUAUUUUUUGUAGUGCCUAUUUUUGUCCAAGUUGUUUCAAAACACCUUCUCUUUAUGAAUUGU